ACACGAGAGAGAGACAGAGAGAGAGGAGGACGUGGCCGCUCCCUACCCGUGUGUGCGCUUUAACGAGAUGGAGAAAAAAGGAAGAAAAGAAGAUGAAGAAAUGAAAUGAAAGACCAAAGCAGGAAAAGUGAAAGAAAAAAUUAUAUAGAAAAGAAAAUCAUAGAAAAAUAUACAGAAAAAAUAGAAAAAACUGAAAAUAACGAAAAUCACAGAAAAAUAUACAGAAAAAAUAGAAAACCACAGAAAAAAUAACGAAAAUCACAGAAAAUAAACUACAGAAAACCACAGAAAAAACUAUACGGGAAAAUACAAUAUGGAAAAAGUUUGAAAAGUUUACGAAUAAUAAGACAAUCGAUAGAGAAAUACAUGACCUCAAAACGCUGUGAAGACGAGAACAAGAAGAAGAAGAAAUAAAAAAAGCACAGAAAACCACCAAAAAAAUAUACGGAAAAAAAAUAAUCUGGAAAAAGUUUGAAAAGUUUACAAAUAAUAAGACAAUCGAUAGAGAAGUGCAUGUCCUCAAAACACUGUGAAGACGAGAAGAAGAAGAGGAAGAAAUAGUCCUAAUAAAUAAGUCAGAAAGAUUACCGAGAAACUGAGCGAAGAAAAGAAAUAUUGACGAGGUGAAAUCGGAAUCAGAAGUCGAGUGAAGAAAAAUAAACAAAACAAGAAGAAAGAAAAUGAUGAAGCGAGAAAAUUUAGUUCAAGGGUGAGUGAAAACAAUAUGAACAUAGAUAAUUAUUGGCGAAGUAUAAAUAUCGAGUGAAGAAAAAGAAGAAAAUGAUGAAGCGAGAAAAUUUAGUUCAAGGGUGAGUGAAAACAAAAAGAACAUAGAGAAUUAUUGAUUAAGUAUACAUAUGUGAGUUCAAUAUCGAGUGAAGAAAAAGAAGAAAAAAAUAAUGAGUUAAGAAUUGUGUGUCCGAAAAACGGUGAAAACAUGAAUCAAGAAAAAGUAAAAAAAGAAAAUAGUGUUUAAGAAAAGACAAAUAUGAGAAAACCGAAGAAAACAUGUUAAUCCAAAAUAAAGUACAGACGAUAUAAAAGAAAAUAAGAAAACAACAAGUAAAAAAAUUAAAAGCAACACAAAUUUCCAGGUGACAAAAAAAUGAAUGAACGGAAAAUGAUCUAAAAAAACAAUGAAAAGAAGGAAGCAAAAUAAGUUCAAAUUAACAAAAAGAUGAAUAAUAAAAAAAAAAGCAAUACGAGUUCAUGCGAAUAAAAUAAUGUAUAAAAAAAGUAAAAUGAGUUAAAAAGAAAGCAAAGUUGGGGCCUAGGCUAUAGCUGCGCAUUGCCUCGGUGUUCAUCUCCGUCCCAUUGUCUCGUGAGCUUUCUUGUGGGUUGAUUAAAUGACACAAGAUGAGAAUGGCGAAGGAGAGAAAUGCAGGAGGAGAAAAAGAGAGAAGUGGAGAAAGAGAAAAUGAAGAACAGCGACGAAAACUGAUAAUAUUAAGAGAAGAUAAGGAGAAUGAUAGAUAGAGAGAUAAAUUAAGAGAGGGAAAAGGAAAUAGAGGAAGAGAGAAGGACGAAUUAACUAAAGGAGAAGGAGAAAGAGAAGGACAGAUAAAACGGAUGAAAUAAGGAGGAGGAAGGCAGAAAAAGAUAGAUAAGCUAGGAGAUAGAGGAAGAGAGAUAAGCAAAUAAACAAACAAACAAACAAAUAGCCUCUACCCCCUAAAAAAAAACGAAAUCAAAGAAAACGAAAGAAGGGAAAAGAGAAAAUGGGAAACAAAUAACAAAACAAGAAAAAUCGUAAAAUACAGUGUUAAAACGAGAGAGAGAGAGAGAGAGAGAGAGAGAGAGAGAGAGAGAGAGAGAGAGAAUGAACUAGCCUAUCAACAUGGGGGCGGGCAGUGCAAAAGGAGUUAAACAGGAAGAAAACGAGGAUGAGGUAGACUCGUUCUCCUCCGGUUCGAGCGAGAACUGGGAGGAGAGCAACACACCCCCAGCCCCCAAGAAAGCCCCCGCAGCAGCCCCCCCUGGACCCCAUAAACACAAACCCAAGCCCCCCGUGGCCCCUGCGGAACCCCCCUCAACCUCCACCACAACCACCAGCCUCGUGCACAUAGAAAACGGAGAGCCAGCGGAGGAGAAGAAGGGGAAACCGAAGAAGAAGUUUGGGUUCUCUCUUCGGCGGGACCAGACGGAUAAAGUGAACGAUGUCAACAACGACUCCAGCGAUGAGGAGGAGGCGAAGACGGAGAGGAAGGGAGAGAAGGGCAAGGAGAAGAAGAAGGGAGGAGGAGGAGGAGGAGGAGGAGGAGGGUUUAAGCUCUUCAACUGGAGGAAAGACGAGAAGAAGAGUGAGAAAGAUGAGGCGUUGGACCUGGACAUCGAUGACUUAGAGAAGACCUUUGACUCACUGGGAAUCGUUGGGAAGAACAUGUGGUCAGGAGAAGAGGGGAAGAACGGGUCAGACAACACUAAUCCCAACAAACAGACAGAUGGGGAUGACGUUCUUCUCUCCCCCAUGAGGAAGAGAAGGAAUGUCAAAAAAGGAGGAGCUGGGAAGGGAGUGAUGAAUGGGGGAGGGGGACAGUCAGGGGGCUCGAACGCUUCCAAAAGGACCUUCAAGUUUUCGUGGGAGAAGGACAAACAGCAGAAGGCCGCGGCAAAGGACGAGGAGGACGAGUGGGAAUACAAGGCGGUGGUCAUUGAAGGCUUUGACAUCGAGAAGUUCAGGAAAGCAAAUUUAAAGGAAUCCGUGUUUGACAAUAAUAGUCUUCCCAACGUUGUGGGGGGCGAGGACGAGUUCGAGGGAGGAGGAGGAGGAGGAGGAAGAGGAGGAGGAGGAGGAACAGGGGGUAGCAAGGCCUCUUCCCCUCUUCGCUAUGACCAGACUGAGCAAUUCAUCUUGGCCGCUAUCGAGAGGGACUUCACCAACUAACACAAGAGCUUUAACACAAACAAACUAACAAACAUUCCUAAUAUACACUAACAUCGAGACACACUAACAUUAUCUAUCCUAAAUUUCCUUUCCUAUUCUGUUAUUUUUCUUUUCUUUAAUUUCCCUUCCCUUCCUUUCCUUUACCUUC